AUGGCAGAGUCUUCAUUCACUCAGCACAUUUCUCAAGGAGUUUGGAAACUCUUAGGUGUGAUGAAGCAGGAUGAUAUUUCCGCUGUUGUCAAAAAUGACCUGAGUAUUCUUCAGCUUGCACAGUCUUUCUUUAACAAACAUGGGCAUGACCCUACCAAAUUUGAGUACAUUCGACAAAAACUCCGUGAAGUUGCAAGAUUGUUGUUGACUUUGCGUAGAGAGUUUUCAAUAUACAGUCUUGAAGAAGCUGUGAAGCCUGCCAAUUUUCAUAGACUCAUUCGAGCGGUUCAGAUGGUGUCUGGCUAUGAUGAUGAUGAGAGUCACUGCUACCAAAGCCCAAGCCUUGCUCUAAAACUGGGGCACUCGUUGAAUAAGAUUAGCGAAAUCAUUCACUGCCGAGCACUGAUGUCUGAAGACAAGGAACUGAUCGCGUCAACAGAGACCUUUAAAAAACUCUACUCCUCAAAGUGGUCUGAGAUGAUCUCACACACUGCUUUGGUCACACUGAAUGAGGCCAAAUUUAACAAGCCAUCAACACUUCCCUUCACUCAGGAUGUCCAGUCCCUUCAUCGGUUCCUUGAGAAGACUGCACAUACGGCUUUUCAGAAACUAAAAGAGACGGCAUCUCCUCAAAGCUAUGCAGAACUGGCCAAAGCAACACUCGCCAGAAUCAUUGUGUUCAACCGCAGACACGCGGGAGAGGUCUCUAAAAUGCCGCUGAAGGGCUUCAAUGAAAGGGACGGCACUUCUCUCCAUGAUGAUGUUGCCAUGGGCCUGAGCAAGUUUGAGCAGAAACUCUGCAGCCAUUUUAGUCGCGUUGAGAUCAGGGGGAAGAGGGGAAGAAAGGUUGCUGUUCUUCUCCUGCCUGAUAUGGUCGAUGCCCUGACGCUGCUGGUCAGCAAGAGAAGUGAGUGUGGAGUGCUGGACACUAAUGCUUUCUUGUUUGCUCGGCCAAACUGCCAGAGUCACUACAGAGGCCAGGACUCCCUCAGAGUGUAUGCAAGUGAAUGUGGAGCUCAGAAUCCAGAAUUUCUCCGAUCAACUCAUCUGCGCAAGCACGUGGCUACUCUCUCACAAAUCCUAAAUCUGAAAAACAAUGAGUUAGAUCAGGUCGCCGAUUUCUUAGGGCAUGACAUCCGCGUCCACCGCGACUAUUACAGGCUGCCAGAAGCCACUACUCAGCUUGCUAAAAUAUCAAAGCUACUGAUAGCCAUGGAAAAGGGCUGCCUUCCUAAUCUUCAAGGCAAAUCGCUUGAUGACAUUGAGAUUGAAGAUGAGAUCAGAAUGACGGAUUCUGAUGACAGUGAUCCUGAAGAAAGUGAUUCUGACGAUGAUGCUCUUGCUGGAGCUGCAGGAGACUCCAGUAAUGCUGGACAUCGGGAAAGGUGUGUCCCCUUAAACCACCAUCCAACUGGUUUGGCCAUCAAAGUCCUGCUAAACCACAAAAACCCGUGUGUGUGUGUGUACGCACUUGGAUGGGUUAAAUGCAGAGCACCAUUUCGAGUAUGGGUUACCAUACGUCACGACUUAAAUGUUUUAAAUUAUUUUUAAAUCACUUUGUUUUUAUAUUUGUGUUUAAUUUCUUGUUAUUAUUAUUAUUAUUUUUAAUGACUAUUUCACAUCCUUUUAUGUAAAGCACUUUGAAUUACCACUGUUUAUGAAAUGUGCUAUAUAAAUAAACUUGCCUUGCCUGUCAACAUGAAAUAAUCUAUGUGUCAACUAGCCUAUGGUAUCCUAUCUUUAACUUGCUGUGCUUGCCACUAUCUAACUUAUAUGAAUGUAUAUGUAUGCAUAUAUGAAUGUAUCAUAUUUAUCCUAAUUAUAUGUCAAUGUCUAUACCUUAUCUAUCAAUAUCUUAAUAACUUUUAAUCUAGCCUAAAUAUUAUCAGGGCUCUCAAGUUUUGAAGACAGGCAAGAGUGACAUCCUCCAGACCCCCAUGUCAGGGGGUCAAAGGGAAUGGGGGUGUUCCAUUAAUAAUAUUAUUAUUAGUGUUUUUGUUGUUAAUAUUAAUAAUUGCUCAGCCUUGCAGAAGAAAAUAUUUGACACAUGACACUGACAUUUUAACCAAAUACAAAGUGUUUAUUCAAUUUUUGAGUGAGUGAGAGAGAUUAUGACUGGUGCUGUUUGUUGUAAGUGUUUGUUGCCUUUUUGGACUCCUUUAUCAUUUGUGGUGUUGGCUCCCAUUUGAAACAGUUCGGCUCAAGCCCAGCCAUUUUCAGGGUCAUGAUUGAGGACAAUGUCCCGUCCAGAGACAAGCUGUUUUGUGUUGAGGUUUUGUUCAAACCAACCAUCGAAAAUACCCUCUCAGCAUCAGCAUUAGAAUGUGGAAGCACUAAAACCAAGGCUGCGAUCUUUGAUAGCCUCCCAAAUUGGUUCAAGCCAGUCACCUUUGAAAAAAGGAACCAGGGCAGGGCCUCUAUUUCUCAAAUGUUUUCCCUUCAUCGUAAUUACUAAUGAGCAAGUCAUGUUGUGUGCAAAAUAUUUCUUACCUUGUUCUUUGUUGUGGACAUUCUUCCCAAAACUCCUCAACAUCAAAGACUGUUGGGUCCUGGGGCAAGGCAAUGUCC